AUGAGUGAGAACACCUUGAUAAGAACAAGGAAGUUUAUGUCUAACCGCUUGCUGUGUCGCAAGCAGAUGGUUGUGGACAUUUUACAUCCCGGUCGUUGUGUCCUUUCAAGAAGUGAGAUACGAGAAAGACUUGCAAAAACGUACAAAACUUCGCCUGAUGUUGUCUUUCCGUAUGGUUUCCGGACUCAAUUUGGUGGAGGAAAGUCAACGGGGUUCGCUCUUGUCUACGAUUCGUUGGACCAUGCUAAGAAAUUUGAGCCGAAGUUCCGUCUUGCCAGGAAUAAAUUGGUGACAAUACCACAAAAAGGAAGAAAGAUAAGGAAGGAAAGGAAGAACAAGGCUAAAAAGUUCAGAGGAACUAAACCAAAGAAGGCGAAGAAAGAUUCUUAA